AUGGUUUUAAGAUCAGACAAAUUUCUCGUUUAUAGUUCAAAUCCAUUUAAAAUAUUUUACACUAAUUUCGAAAAAGAUCUAAAACUUUUUCUAUUCAAAAUUAUAAUUCUCGCUUAUAUUAAUAAUAAAUCUAAAAUGAGCGACAACUCAUCACCUUUAUCUAAAUUACUUCCGAGCAUCAGCCAACCUGCACUAAAUAGCUUUGUUCGAGUGCCAAGAUUACGAAAGCGACCCCAUAUCUCAACCACAGCAAACUCUACUACAAAAUUUAUUUCCUCAAUUGCAACUCCAGCUGAAAAGCUUUUUCAAGGUACCCCAACUCUCAAAAAAUCUGAAUCUCAGCCAAUCCCAAUGACAGUUCCACAAGAAAUAAAGCCCAGCUUUAUUGAUGAACUAAUAAAGCGCUACUCUGCUGAUGAAAACUCUGAAUUUGUCGAUUUGACAAAUAAAAUCCAACGCAUCAAGCCAAUAAACCUUUUUUGGGAAAAAAAGCAAACAGAAGGUUUCAUUCCUGAUGCAAGGGUAGGCGCCACAUUGACAAUGGUUAACAAUAACUUAUACCUUUUUGGAGGACAAUGCGGCGAAAGAUUAAAUGACAUUAAAAUGCUUAAUUAUAGAAAUUGGCAUUGGGAAGGAGUUAAUCAUAUAAACCCUGACACAAUCCAGGAAAUUCCUGAGCCUAGGGUUGGACACACUGCAAUUGGGUAUAAAAAUUCUUUAGUUGUAUAUGGAGGUGGAGGAGGCUUUAACUCGACACUUCACAUAAGAGGAUGUUUCCCUUUAGUCCAUAUUUUUGAUACCAUAAAUUCUCAAUGAAGAAGCUAUAAGCCACUUGGAAGACUUCCAGAUGCAAGAAGAAACCAUGGGGCUGCGCUUGUAGGAAAUACAAUGAUUAUGUAUGGUGGAAUUGAUAGUAAUGGGAAAACAUUAGCUGAUCUAAAUGGUCUAAACCUUGAAGCUAUGCAAUGAUUUUCUAUCAAGCUUGACAAAACAUCAGAAAAGCCUGGACAAAGGCACUCGUUUACCUUAACAUCAGUCUACCAUAGCGGAAUGCUAAGACAGUAUUCCAGCGACAUUUUUAACCUGCCACAUAUUUAUGAUGAUAUUUUUACUAAAAAAAACUGCGGAGUCUACCUAUUUGGAGGUAUGAAUAAAUCUGGCGUCGUUAGUAACGACGUGUAUUUACUACAGCCAUUUAAAAGCAACCGUGAAUAUAUAAACUCAUUAAAGUGGACAAAAUUAGAACCAUCAGGGACGCUACCAACCCCAAGAUAUGGCCAUGUAGCAGUCUUGUGUGGAGGCUGCUUAUACGUUAUGGGAGGCCGAAAUGAUUCUUUAUUUAAAGACGGAUGUGGAGGCGAAGUCAAUGAAAUGAGCGCGCUAAAUAUAGCAAGCUGCCGAUGGGAAACACUUAAAAUUUAUGGACAUUUGCCAUCACCUAGAUGGGGAGCUUCAGCUGCUGUUGUUGGGUCAAGAAUUCUGUAUUUUGGAGGCAUGGCUUUGAAUAAAUUUAGCCAUAACCAACUUCAUACAUUAGAAACUGACCCAAAUUACGUGAAUGAGCUUAUUAAAGCUUGGGAAUCUGAAGAAGAGCUGCGAAAAAUAAGAGAAAUCACCACAAAUAGCAAGUUAGCAAAUAAAGUAAAAUUUAUCCCACACACAUUGUUAUUGGAAAACAGAAGACCUAGUAACCCUCCAGCACGAAGAGCAGCCAUGAUGAUUUUAAGUGCAAGCCAAGCAUUGUAA